UGUCGCUCUCAUUCGCUGUUUUGACUUUUUUUAUUUUUACGUCGAAGAUUGGAGCAUGUUGGAGCAUUUAUUGAGCAUCAAACGGGAAAAAUAAAUUGUCUUGCUUUGUGAUUACUAUUCAUCAUAUCAUUAUAAACUUUAUGUAUAUUAUUGGGUGUGUAUUGUUGUUGCUAACAAUGAAUUUGCUGGUAUGAAGUGAUGUUGGACAAAAAUAGAUAAAUGUUAUGGUGUUUAGUGUAAUGACGUACACUAAAUCAAUUGGAUAUUCACAGGCUAAAGGACAAGAUACGGGUCAAAUUUAAUGCAAGUGAGUAAUAAAAAGUGGGUAUGGAAGUGCUCAAAACGUCUCAAGAAAUUGUACACGAGGGAUGGCUCAUUAAAUCCCCACCUACUAAACUUUGGCGAGCGAGAUGGAGAAAACGUUGGUUUGCUCUUCGUCAUAGUGGUGAAUUGCCAGGACAAUAUUUCUUAGAAUAUUAUACAGAUAAGAGAUGUCGGAAACUCAAAGGACAUAUCGAUCUUGAUCAAUGUGAACAAGUUGAUGCUGGUUUGAGAUUUGAAAACCGCAAGCAAAAAUAUCAAUAUAUGUUUAAUGUGAAGACACCAAAGAGAAUUUAUUAUUUGGUGGCAGAAAGUGAAUCAGAUAUGAAUAAAUGGGUAGAUGCAAUAUGUCAAGUUUGUGGAUUGAAAGCAUAUACUCAGGAUGAAGAACAACAACUAUUUCACUUUGAGUCUCAAGAAUCACCUCCCAUAUCACCUACAAGUACCAUAUCAGGCCCUUAUAUUCCCAUAAGUGAAUGCAUUUCCGGUAGACGUUUAAAUGAUACUAGCUCUCUAAGCUCAGCUAUAAGCCAUGGCCCUGAACAUUACGAUGCUCCACGAAGACUUGCUCCAUCUCCAUCACGAUCGCCAACAACAACAGAUGCUGAAAGUGUUUUUACUGACGACGAAUGGACUACACCAAUUCCAAGCGUUAAUUGGGAAACUUUUCCAUCCUCUGGUGACUCAAGACCUUCCCACAGUUCAGGUGAUGCUGAAAUUGGUUCAUGGAGUGUUCGAAAACGUUUCGGUAAAUUGAGAAUCGUUGAUUCUGCUGGUCCGCCGGCUGAUGAAUCUGUUCGCGCUCCACCACGACCACCGAAACCAUCUCACAUGACAUUGGAAAAUAUCGGGCAUAAUUAUUUAAAUUUGGAUGGUGCUACUGAAAGUUCUAAACCAACAACACCAGCGACUCCUGCGCCAUCGACACCAGCAACAGCGGUUAUAUCCGAUGAAACUUAUGAUUUUCCUCGCUCUCAUCAAUUAAACACUCCGAAUACAACGAGUACUGAUACUUCUACAAUUGGUCGUACACCUAGACAUUGCUAUAGUAAUGCAGCACCAUCUUCUGUUGAUGACCGCGUAUUUAGAUAUGAUUUUAAUGACGAUGAACCAUCUAGUCCGCGUUCUGAAAGCUCGACAACUGCAACAUAUUCAAACUUACCAAGUCCACUUGUCAGAGAUUCUUCGAGCAGUGUAUCUUCAACUGUCGUUCUUCCACCGCCUGUUGUUUAUCGAGAAUUGAAACCUGGUAGGAAAAUGAGUGAUACGACAUCAAUAAUCAGCAAUGAACCGUCACCUGGACCUAAUUUGUCAGCAUCAGAAAUGAGUCCUGAUCAUUUGGCUACCACUGAACCGCCUCGGAUUAAUCGAAAAUUAAAACCUCCAUUAACCAAAAUUCCUACUGAUGGACCGCUCCAAUUAGCUUCACCACCUGGUAAAAAUAAAUUUCGAGCAGCUCCCAGUCCGACGCCACAUGCUCAUGGACAUGGAACACGACAUUAUUCGACAUCUGACGAAGACAACAAUAUUGUGGAUGAUAAAGAAGAGAUUUACUAUUAUCAAGAUCAUAACACCUUUAUACCGGCUUCAAAUCGACGGUUAGUAGUUUUACAAUACUUAGAUCUUGACUUAGAAGCUUCUGAGAGUUUUUCAUCAUCGACUUUGCCACCGGCACAAUCGCCGCCUAAUACAACUGUCUAUAAAACUGUGGAUUUUUUGAAAACCGAUGCCUUUAAUCGUACAAGACAACGAGUUGAAGAAGAGAGAAAACGUACUGAUGAAUUAGCUUAGACUGGUUUGACUCAUAUUUUUCUUCGUUUAUUCAUAUAUGUAUAAAUAUAACCAUAUAUUUAUACCCUUUGUUGUCUACUAACAUAAGUAGUACAGUAUUUUUGAUACGAUUGAUCUAAAACAGUGGAGAUAAAUUGCAUUUCGAAUAUUUUAGUAUAAAAAAAUUAAAUACAUUUUAAAUAUAUUUUAAGAUUUCCGUGUAAAAAAAAAAAUCGUUUAAAAAAGUUUGAAAAAGUGUUGACUAUACUAAACUUCGAAACGUGACACAACAGCAAAUUUUUUUAAAAUCGACGUUCUAAUUGGCAAAAUGAUUUUUUCUCUGACUAUUAGUAUCUGAAAAUUACACACAAUCAUCUACGAAAAAUAAUCAGUUAGACACUUUGCUAAUUAGAACGUCGAAAUGAUUUUUAAACUUCAGUAAAUAAAAAGAAAAAAAUGUACCUGAAGAUCAGAACGUUUUUCGUGCCAUGAAAAUGAAAAAAAUUUAUGUAAUUCAACUGAUAAAGGGCGACUCAAGGAGUACUUCUGAAGGUGGGAGGUGGCCUCAGAUUUUCGGCUGACAUACCAGCAUCCAUUUGCGAAACAUUUCAGAAAUCCCGUUCAGUAGAUUUCUUUUUUUCCAAUUUUUUUUUUGUUGCACCUCUGUAAACUUUUUUUGGCUCUCCAUUAAAAGUGAAAUUUUAUCUUUUUUUUUCAGUGCAAAAGGCGUUUAAAAAAAGCUGAUCUUGAACUAUUUCUAAACGUUUUUUUUAAGCAUAUCACAAUAAUAUCAGAAUAUUCGAAACGGAAAGAAAAAGUUCGCCAUUGUGUGACGUUUUAAAGUUUAGAAUAGUCAACUUUUUUUUUAGCAAUUUUUUUACGCGGGUUAAACAUCAAUAUUUUAUAGGAAUAUUGUGUUCAACGAAAAUAAUCUGCAUUUUUACUGCAAUGUGUAGCAAUAUUUUUUAUUACGGACCAAAAAUAUUAUAUUUAAGAUUUAACAAGAUGAUAAAUUUUAUAAAAACAAAUAUAAUGUUAACAUAAAAUUUCUUUAUUUUAAUUGAAUCAAACUAUUGAUAAUUUUUUUAUUAUCAAUUAUUUUAUCAAAAAAUAUAAAAAACUAAAUUUAUAUAAUUCAUAUCGAUAAAAAAAAAAUUAUUUUUAUUAUUUGAAAUUCUACGCUGUAUAAAACUGCGGAGUGAACGCGGAUUCGAUCCUAGUGAAUUUGAAUCGGAUGAUUGUGUAAAAUUUACUUCAAAGGGGAGUUUAUUUCAAUAUUGAAAGUCCGAAUUGGAGGGAGUGGUAAUUUAAAUAAAAUUCACAUCACUUUAAAAUCACUCCGCAAUUGAAAUAAAAUCCGUAAUUACUCUUAAUUCACUCCCGAUUUUUUUACAGUGUAUAGAAGAGUUUUACUAUCGAUAAUUGUAAAGAAAAAAAAAAAUCUUUAAAUUUGUAAGUUUGACUACAACACAAAUAAGUAAAUUUAUUGAAUUUUAAUUGAUUGUCAAAACUAAUUGUCGAUUUAAAAAAAAAAUGUAGAACAUUGUUUUACAAAAAAAAUUUCAUGAUGGAAAUCUUUUUAAAUAUGGAAAAAUUUUAACGAAAAUUGUUGGAUUGAUAAAAAAUAUUUUGAAUUUUCAUUCUCUUGUUGUAAUACUCUACAUAAUUAUUACACAUUAUAAUUGAGCGUAAUACAGAGUAUACAUUUUUAAGUAAGGAAUAGUUUUUAAUUAUACAUAAACAU